AUAAUGUGUAUUCGAAGGAAAUGCGCUUGCGUGGAGAGCUGGCGCGAAAUAUGCUGGACAUAGGGAUCACAUUCGUAGGGACAUUUUAGGCUAACGACAAAACUAUAUACGAUAUAUUUCUAAUCCUUUUAACACAUUUUGUUUCAUAUUCACAACAUAGAAAAAUGUCGGAAGAGUCACCAAGAAACGAAAGACGACAGAGAACAGCUUUCAGAAGAAGACCCAACCGAAACGACAACACGCAAAGCCAAAGAAACGAAAGAUACUUUUCAAAUGGUCCUUUAAGUCCUUUAAGAAGUCCACUGAAUCCGAAACAAAGCCAAGGGAUCACAAAACAUGCAGAUGACAGAAGGGAACGACGUGCCUGCUGGAAAGAGCUUGACAAUCAGGAGUUUACAAAGAUUAGUCUGAAGGAUGAAGAUUUUCCUGAUUUAGGAGUUUGUCGAUUCACACCCGAGAUAAAACGGAACUUAACCAUUACAAGUGAUCAGGAUGCAGGGGAAAACGAAAGCCGGCGAUUUCGUAGGAAGUUGGAAUUGACCGAUAACAAGAAAAAUUCCAAGAAAGUCUUCAGGGAGAAUAGCAGAACAGAUGUUGAAGUGGAGAAGGAUGGAGCUACACUGAACAGACGCCAGAAGGCACUGGAUUACGGCAAAAACACAAUUGCAUAUGACAACUAUUUUGCACAGAUCAAGAGGAAUGAGAGACAGAAGUCUUAUCCGAGGACACCAGACAAAAGUCAGAAAUGUAGUCGGCGGUCCUGGGACCAGCAGGUCAGAUUGUGGAGGAUUGGACUUCAUCACUGGAACAACACCUGCACACCCGGACAGAGUGUGGAAGGUCUGUUUGCUGACACGUCAUCCGAGAGUGCUUCAGAGGUUGGGGAUCGUAGUUCGACUCCAUCUAUUUCUAUGGAAGAGUGUGAUGUCUCCAUGGACCAUGUAGACAGAGACGAGGAGGAGAACAGUGCUGGAGACCAAGGUUCAUGGGCAGAACAAGUGGCUACUCAGGAGCACAGCACUUUGGACAAUUUUAAUCUUGAGAUGUGUUUGAAACCAGAAAAAAAUACCUUCAACUGAGAAACACUUGUAUCCUAUUGACAAGUUUUUUUUUUUCCAAGCAUACAGGUUUCUUGAUAUUUAAACAGAAUUUUUUCGAUUUUGAAAAGGUUGUUUUAAAUCCACACCUGAACUGUCUUGUCUGAAGACGACAGAGGCUAUGUGUGGUUUUGUUUAUUCGCCCUGGAGUAUGCUUUGAUUUGGUAAUCCUAUAUAGAUAAACAAGUGUCGGAAAUAAAGAUUUAUCCUUAAAAUGGCAGCUAUUGUUUAGAUUUAGUAAAGAUAAAAACCUGACAUUAAAGUCCUCACCAUUCUAUCACCGAACACUCCAGAUCUUUAAUUCAUUGGGAAGUUCAGGGCCCGUAUUCAUUCACAAAACCAUCCUCAUUUUCAAACAUGGAAUAUGCUCUCAAACCAACUUUCUGGUCACUAUUAAAUCAUUUAAAACAAUCACGAGGUGUAAUAUCGGUCAAUUCAAAUAUAAACAUUGAAAACCGUAUUUGGCUUGAAGUCUCUUCAAACUUUUUCCGAAUUAUUGACCAGAUAAAAUUGUAUUACUGAUUUAUAACCUGAACAAGAAAUUAGACUUGAGCACAAAAUCCAUACUUGAGCAUGAGAACGGUUUUAUGAAUACGGGCCCAGGAUUUGUUAUUUACAUGCAAUAUAUUUAUUUUCAUUGGAACCCUUAGUUCUGUUAGAUGUGUAAUAGUGGGUGUGAUAUAUCAUCAUCGUGAUACUACUGCAAUGCAGUUUAUAUCAUAACUCUCCAUUUGUAAUUUUGUAAUCCAUGAUCCAUGUUGUCAUAGGCCAUUUGCCUGCCUAUUAUCUGAUAUGUCCCUUUAGUUUUAAUAAAUGUCCUUCAAUGCAUUACCAAUUGUUUUUCUUAAAGAAACUAAGUUUGAGUUAGCCUAUUACACUGACUGUCAAACAAAUAACAUAAAUGCUGAAAAUUUAUUUAGAUAUAAUCUGCAAAUUAAAAUCCUCCUACAUUUUGUUUAGUAAAAGUCCAUGGUUAUUUGACCAAAUUUUAUAAAAGCAUAUUUUAUCUUGAUAGGACCUCAAAAAGGGAAACUAGUAAAACUGAGAUGUCAUGGGUGUAUAAUAUUUUGUACCUUACUUUUUGGAAAAUAAAGAGUGAUAAACUAAAAAAAAAGGUUGAUGCUUAGGAUGUGUAACACUUGCAGUGAUUUAAGAACACUAACAUCAACCAUAUUCCGUUCUUACUUUGUCAGUGAGGCGAAAUAUUUUGUGUUGAAUUAUUUUCCAUGUAUUGUAAUGACACAUUUUGAAUGAAUAAAGUGGUUUCUGACCCUCAUCCUGACUUUAUUUACUGUGCAGCAAUAUCUUGAAUGUUUUUCAUUGACAAGCUGUCAGAUUAUAUUAUUAGUAUAUAUACUUGCAUACAUUUCUGUAUUAAAAGAUGGCAGAUUGCUGUUCAACAAAAAUGUUCAUGAGUGGCACAUUAUUUUAAUUUUGUAAAUAGAUUUUUUAACCCAUAUAAGAUGAGCUGUCAGAUCAGCCAUGCAUUAAACAAACGUCGUUUCCUUGUAGUCUGAAUGUACAAUUGUCUGAGGUAUGUGUGGAAUAGUGCUCUUUUAUGAUUGGCAAAUGUUUCUGAGAGGGUCAAAAACCUCUUAAAGACUUGAUGAUGUUAUUGGCUAUUUUACGCGGCAUUAUAAAUGUACUUUGAAUGCAUGUUGUAAAUGAUUUGAUCUGUUGUACAUGUGAAUAUGAAUAAUUACGACAAAACAAUAGUUAUUUUGAGAUGUAAGAUUGAAGUGGAAAUUAGCGAGAGUAGAGAUAUUGUAUUAAAUUGUUUUAACAUUUGUUUGUCUUAUUGGAUUGUUUACUGAUUCACUAUUUAGAAAUUAAAAUUUUCAACAAAUCUUGUACUGUAGGCACAUGACCAAAUGUCAACAUAGAUGUAUUUUUACUGAUGUAUAACUGAAAGGCUCUUACAAGAGGAAGGGUGCUAAAUAAAUAAAUGGAAUACAGUUGUGUGUACUGUGACUAUGCAAUUCAUUGCAUUAGUUGAUAACGAUGGUGACAAACUAGUCAUUCAAGUAACUUACAUUUUAUAUGGUUU